GAUGCCGGAGAGGGAGGCGGGGACGGAGGAGCCUCACAGGCCGUGGCCUCAGCCUGAAGGUGGGGGUAGCGAGGGCCCGCUGGAUGUGGAGCGGGCGCUCCUGACCAUCUAUCUCACCCACUUGCUUUACAUUUACUACGUGUUUGUCAUACUUUAUUUGUGCUGAUUCUGACCUCAGUAAUGACCGACCAGUCCGCUCUGCUCCUCAGGAAACAGCUGGCAGAACUAAAUAAGAAUCCAGUGGAUGGAUUUUCUGCCGGAUUAAUAGAUGAUGACGACAUAUACCGAUGGGAAGUUGUCAUCAUUGGCCCGCCAGAUACUCUUUUUGAGGGUGGAUUCUUCAAAGCUCACCUGACUUUUCCAAAUGAUUAUCCUUUGCGGCCGCCAAAGAUGAAUUUCAUCACAGAAAUCUGGCAUCCGAAUGUUGGCAAGAAUGGUGAUGUGUGCAUUUCAAUUCUGCAUGAGCCUGGUGAGGAUAAAUUUGGUUACGAGAAACCCGAGGAACGUUGGCUACCCAUUCACACUGUAGAGACUAUUCUCAUCAGUGUCAUCUCUAUGCUAGCUGAUCCCAACAGUGACUCGCCUGCUAAUGUUGAUGCUGCAAAAGAAUGGCGAGAUGAUCCUUAUGGUGAAUUCAAGAAGAAAGUUGCUAGGUGUGUAAGAAAAAGCCAAGAAAUGGCAUUUGAGUAAAUUCUUCCUCCAACUUUGUGGAGUCAUGAAAGAGAACAUACCUCUUUUUUUCACUGGUCGCUGCCCAUUACAUAAUGGAUGGCAGCCUGCAGCUCAGAAUUCUACGCUGACAUGCUUGGAUACAAAGAAGCCCUCUCCCCAGAGAGAAGUGCCCACUGAGAAGAACUGUGGCCCUGCAAUUGACAUCAACAAAAAAAAGUUUAAAAUACCUUAAGUUUCAUCUGUUAUUUUCUACUCCUGCCAUGGAUUAUUUUUACUUGUUUAAGUACAUUUUGGACUGCUGGGGAAUUUGUUGUGUUUAGCGAGGCUUAUCUUUGCAUUUCUUAAGAUUGCUGCUGUGUUUGCCUAAAAGUAAUUCACUGAAUCAUUAAGUAGCAUUUAAACUAUUUCUAGAUCACCAAUUUUGCAGAAAAAUCAUCUAGAUACAGUAAUAGUUCAGGGCUCAGGGUAAGAAGUGAUAACGCAAAAUACCUUCCAAUUUCCCAUUUAGGACAUUUUGGUGCUGUAGCAAUUUCAGGAAAUGCAGAGGCAGUUGACAUUACUGCAUUUGCCAUAUAUUUGAAAAUUAUAUGCAAGACUUAUUUUUAAAUAUCUAUACAUUUAGAAUAUUAUAAGGAGCCAGUUGAGAUGUUAUUAGCUGUUUUUCUUGCUAGAAAAUAUGACUGUAAAACUAUUCAUCUUUAACUCUUUUACAUUAAUUCCAUAUUUGAUCUGAGCCUAAUAAACCAAAUUUAUUGUAGAAAAUGGUUGUGUCACUAAUGGUUCUGUCUGUCAUAGUCAUAAAAUUAUGAAUAUUACAAGACAGCCAAAACAAGUGGCAAAUGCAGUUAUACAAACUCCAAGAUUAAUUUGGAAUUCCACUAUUUUAAAAUUCAAAUUGAUUUUGGUCUGUCCAAAUGAAAAACUAAUAAUCCAAAACACUGACAUUUGAACUUAAAAUUAAUUAUUUACUUAAAAACUGAUUGAUACUGCAACCAGAAUAUCAGCUAGAGUUGCAGGGUUCUUGUUUUUUCUGCAGUGUACCAGCUUAAUAAUGCUCUUGCUUUCAAAGCUGAUGGUUUUGGAUUUUGAAUUUGAACUCUUGUAGUCUACCUUUUUGAAGACAUAAGCUACCUUUUCAGAGCACCAUCUGAGGCAACGAUGUACCCAAAGGAUCUUUAAAUGUAAUGCUAAUUUGCAAAACCAAUUACUUGUUUACAGCACAACAGGCCAAUUGACUCAACUGGUCCAUGGCAGUGCUGUAUUUCACCAGUUCAAUUGGACUUUUAAGAUUGCAUGAUAUUAUUUGAAAAGAGAAGCAUUCUAGCUAUUAUUUCUCACUGAACCAAUACUACAGUUAGGUUGAACAACUAUUUAUUGGCAUUUGAAACUGUGCUUAUGCAAAAAGUAGGCUCCCAUAUUUGUUACACCAUUUGUCCCUUAUUAUUUGUGCUCUCAUUAAUGAACACUCAGCUUCUCCAUGAACAUUUACUUUAACCGUAACAUUUCUGAGGAAGGAACUGCCUUUAUCCUAGAAUCUUUUCUACUUGCAGAAAGAGGUCUAGCUGUUGUGGAAAACAUCAUCUUUUUCCAAGUUUGUUGAUACCAUUAUCAGAAAAACAGAAUUUGCUCUUGGUUCUUAUGUCUCUUGAUAAUUAUUCUCCCAUCACUCACACCAUCCUGUGUGUUCUAAGAUUUUAACAUCUAUUCUGCAAAGCAAUCUUCAACACUUGAAGUACUUCAUGGUAAGACCAAUUUAAUCAAAUUUAUUGUACAACUUUCCUCUGCUCAUCACUGCUAUCAUAAAUCAAAACAUUAUUGGCCUUGUUCCUCUCUGAAUCUAUCUAGAGUCAUUUUGAUUAUUGAACUGAAACCCUGUGUCACUACUCAUCCAAUGAAUGUGAAUUCUUGUUUGACUGUCCAAAAUGUAGUUUUACCUCUUAAUAAAUUACAUCUAGCACAUAUCAGCCCUCAUUUUUGAGUCCUAAAUGAAAGCAUAAAGAUGCCAGAAAUACAAAUUUGUGCAAUAUUUUGAGAAACAACAUUAAUGUUUCCAGUUGACUGACUUUUCAAAAUGCAUCCAGCAAUGAACCCAGGAAUCCAACUGACAUUGUUACUCAAACUCUGUUUCCUGGCCAGUGUCUGUUCCAUGCUGCUGCAUUUCCUAUUGUACUUGUCUAUAUUUUCUUUAAAAGCAGACCUCUUGAAAAUGCUCAUUGCUACAUCCACUUCAUUUUUAUCUAAUCACCUUACAUAAAAAGCACUAAGUUGAACAUGACUACUUACUGAAUGUGUUGUAUGUCCUUGAUUAAUUCAGCCAUUUCCAAAUGCUUUCUAAUUUGAUCAUGAAUUAAGAAUUCAAGAGGUUGCUCAUAAUGGCAUCAGGCUGUCUUUAGUUAAUUGAUUUUUUUGUCCUUGAACUAUUCUUACGUUCCAUGCCACAAUUUGCAUCGAGCCCUGAGCUUUUGUGUCAACAACUAAUUUCUUUUGUACAGUUAGGAGUAUUCUGUCUCCUCUGUGUGCAGUCUUCCCACCAUUUGUGCACUCUGCUGCACAGUAUUUGUCAUCAUCUCUAUACAUCUUUUUUUCUCAUUUACACUUUUACCCCGAGCCCUUUUCAUGGAGUCUAUUUAAGAAACCUCCUAUUUCUAGUUUUGAAAGAAGUGAUCAAAUAAGAGGGACAUGGUUAACAAAAAGUUGAGAUGUAUUAAAGAAUACCACUGUUAGGUAAAAGCUUCCAGUGAUGAUAAACUUUAUCUCAGGAGAUUGAGAAGAUAGUUAAGAUGGCUUUAAACUGGAUUGUGUAAAGUACUGUGGAUUACUCACUGGUACUAAGAGUGCCAAUAGCACCAGGCAGUCUAAAAAAAUCAGAACUAGUCAUUACUUCCAAAAAUAAUCUUUUAGCAGCCAGUAUUUUUUUUAAAACAACCCUACAGGAGAGUGUUUGCCCAUGGAUUAAACCCUCCCAGAUUAAACUAAACACAUCUGGGAGAACCGUUAGUACAAGACCAGGUCAUAGCAUUGAGGCAUAAUAGGACCACCACUAAUUUCAGUGAAUUGUGCAUUUCUCUUCCCACUGUUGGUCACAGUGCCUUUAGUCGCCUAGAUCAACUAUUGAGAUCUCCUUCCCCAAAACCCAUCACAUCCCUCAAGAUCCUUAAAGCUUGCCUUUUUGACCAAAUGUUUUGGUUAUUUCUCCUUUCACAUGCUGUUAGUCUUCAGUACACAAAUGAAGCACCUUGGGAUAUUUUCCACAUCAAAAGUUGAUCAUAGAUGCAAGUUCAUUAUUUUUCUUCUAUUCCAAAAGGAUUAAAGUGUAAGGAAUAUGCUUAUAUUUGCUCAAAUAAAAUGGGUACAUUUAAUUCUUAAGUCUUAAAAGUAAAAUUUACAAAGCCAGCACCGGUUUCUAUUUUUUUAAAAAAUACAUCUACAUGCAGCAAACCUAUUUACAAUUAUCAAGUGUAAGUGACUAAAGUGACUGUUACUCUGAACACUCAUGUGCAUGUAAUCUUAUGAAAUUUACCUGGAUAAUGAGGAAUAAAGCUUUUGUUGCAAGGA